AUGGGGAGGCGGCGGCGGCGCCGGCCCGACCCGGCGGACGCGGCCCGGGCUCUGCCCGAGGCCAUCGCUGCGUUGAGCCGGACGCUGCCCGCCGCGCCCAGCCCCGAGACCUUCCGCCGCGCCAAGUUCGACCGUCCGGAGGCGGCCCCCGCGUUCUGGCGGCUGCUCUUCCGUGUGCUCUCGCCGCUGCCCGCCGACGGCGCCUUGGCCUCGCUCGCCCUGGAGGCUCAAGCCCGCUGGGUGAAGUCGGCGCUGCGCUCCCAGGGCUACCCGAGGCGGGCGCUGGUGCAGCUCCCGGACGAAGGCUCACAGGGUGGCCGCGAGCUGCUGCUGGCCCUGGCCUGGCUCCUGGCCCGCGGGCCCCUGCCCGAGCGGCUGCUGACCCAGAGCCACGUGCGGCUGGGCGACGAGAUGCCUGUGUGCGAGUGUGAGGCCCUGGCCAGCCCUGGCCUGCCUGCUCCCGGUGUGGAAGCAGAAGGCUGUGUGGACAUCCGCCACCUGCAGUGGCUGACGGGGAAGCUGCGGCUCCGGUGGCGAAACCUGAUGGCCGGUCAGCAGGAGCAGUGCGCCCUCCUGGGCAAGAUCCACUCAUACACCCGCGGCUGCCACAGUGACCGCAGCCUUGGCCACCUGUCUGUCACCGAAACGGAGCUGCUCAGAGACCCCGAGGGCGGCCGGCAGCUGUUGCAGCUGCUGGAGACGGAGAAUGCGCGGCUAGAAGCGGCCCUGGAGUGGCGGCGCCGGGAGCUGGUCUUCUGGCAGUGGAUGGACACAGUCCUGGAUGCCUGCUCCCCGGAGGACUCACCGCCCACGUUUCUGCCCAGGAUCCCUGAGCCAGAGGCUGGAGUGGCGGGGCUGCUGGCGCGGGAGCUGCAGGCCUUGCAAGAGGAGCUGCGGGAGGCGGCAGAAGCCCGGCGGGCUGCCUGGCAGGCUGCGGUUGGUGGCCACGGGCCCGAGUGGAGAGCUGCGAGGCGGGCCCUGCAGGCGGCCGUGGCGCAGGACCUGGCAGCCCUGCAGCGGGCCUGGGAGCAGGACGAGGGCCAGGCCCGGCCCCACGGGCCCCACCGGCUGGUGAGGACCGAGGCCAGGGUGCCUGGCGGCCCGGGCCUGUGGGCCGCCGAGGUGACGGAGGCGCUCAGGGCCCGGGAGGCCUGCCUGGAGGCAGUGCUGCGCCAGCUGCAAGGCCAGUGUCGGCAGGAGCUGGCCAGGCUGGCAGGAGCGCGGCCUGGCCUCGUCUGGGUCCCACCGCCCACACGCUGA